UUUUCCAAACCGCACCAAAUCGAACCACGGACCAAACAAGCCAUUACAAUCGCACAUUGGGAAUAUCUCCCCAUGAGUGACAAGUAAUAUGUCCCCGAUGUGCGGCUGCGAUGGCAUGUUGGGACAGUCUUAAGAGAGUCCUGUUGGUAGCAGAUCUCUAGUCGGGAGAUGUUCCCAAUGCAUGCCAUGGGGCGCAUCCAACUCAAGCUUUAUUCAAUUUAGCCACGUGUCUAAUAAUAAGCACGACUAAUUGGGCUAUAAUACAGAUGUAGCGACUGAUGCAUUUUCCAUUCCUACUUCCUUGGCCUUAACGGUUGCGAACCGACCACGGCUCAUCUAUCAAUAAUCCCGCUCUCCUCCGGCGCUCCCCUAGCCGUAGUUCUCAAGUCCAUAUAUAUAUCCUUUUAUAUUCCCUCCUCUUCAGUUGUGCUUUUUCACAUCAGGUGAUAAAAUGUUCCCAUACUCAUCCAGAUCCUCGGCGAUGGAUCACAGAUGGAAGCCCACCGUCGAAGUAGCUCCCAAUUGCCCUCGAUGCGCCUCUGUAAACACAAAAUUCUGUUACUAUAACAAUUACAGCCUAUCACAGCCUCGAUACUUCUGUAAGGGUUGUCGAAGGUACUGGACCAAAGGUGGAUCUCUACGAAAUGUACCUGUUGGUGGCGGUUGCCGGAAAACCCGUCGAGUGAAAUCUUCAAAGCUUCCACCGACCAAAGCCGUCUCCAUCUCCCUCGGUUUUUCUGGAGAUGGCCCGUCAUCGGUUGCGAAUCCAACUGUGGUGCCGACAACAGCAGUCACGGACGCUUCAAACAUCGAUCUUGCCGUUGUUUUAGCCAAGUUCUUGAAUCAGAAUUCAAGUUUGGGUUCUGGACUUAUUACACCUGAAUUUUCAAGCGAAAAAGAGGUCAAUGCGUCUCUCAACAUUUCCACUUCUUCCAACUCGAAUGAAUUAGCAGAAGAUUCAAACGUUGUGGACUGGCAGAGCCAGACCGAUCUGGCCAUCGAUGCCCACUUGAUUAAAGAACCUCCGCAGCUGUUUCCAGGUCAACUUGAGUUUGACUGCAAGCAGCAACAGGAAAGAAUUUCACAGUUCGCAGUUCAGAAAUCAAACAGUAAUUCUGGGUUUCAACCUUUAGUCAGUGAUGGAACCGCUCAAGAUGCAUUCUGGUGGGAAGCCCCAGCUGUGCCAAAUUUGGCAUGGCAACCGGAGGAGUUCCAGAGUUUGGAAACCAUCCCGUUCAACGAUCAUAUAACGAUGUUUUAUCCCCAUUCACCAAACGACAAUUGGAGCUCAUUCGAUACACUGAAUUAUGAAUCUUUCUCAAGGCCUUGAUACGUAAUCUACAGAACCCUAUUUUUCUUUUUUUUUCCAUUCUUCUCUGGAUUCUCUCUCUGUUCCUUCUUUCCUCCUUUCCUC